UAAUGAAUAUGCGCAUAAAUAAUGAGCUGCAUGAAAAUGAGGCUAAGGACGAUAGGCUCGAACAUUCAAGAUGGCGGCCAAACAUUGCUGUGUGCCAAUGUGCACAAACUAUUUGAAAAAAAACCCUCAAUUGUCCUUCCAUCAUUUUCCGAAAGAUUCCAUUCUUUGUAAAAGAUGGAUUCAGGUUAUUCGUAGAGACGUUGGAGCACAUUUUAAGAUCACGGAUGCUACAUAUGUUUGUUCUCAACACUUUGUAUCUAACGAUUUCCGCUGGACGCCUAACAGAAGGUGUCUUUUACCAGAUGCAAUUCCUAGUGUUUUUGCCUGGUCAAAAACAAGUGCUCCAAGGAAACCUCCUGCCAAACGAAGGUUUUUGGUCAUUGAUCUUUGAGUUUUUUCCGCUUUAGAACAGUUUUACCUUAUAGUGUAGACAUGUAGAUAGUGAAUAUACUUGCUAUAGUCAUUUUAUGGUAAGUAUUAUGUUCUUAUGUUCUUAAAAGAUCUGCAAAAUGGUUUUUUGUCACAGUUGUA